ACCACAUCACCUUUCGACCUCGACCUCGACCUCAUCCCUUCCAACUCCAGGACUCUAUUUUUGUCCACGCACACAAUGGAAACAGCACUGAAAACCUUCUUCUCGUCGCCCCGCUUCGCCGUCGCAGGCGCAAGCUCCGACCCCACCAAGUUCGGACACAAAGUAUUCACCUGGUACCUAACGCACUCCCUGCCCGUCACGCCCCUCAACCCGCGCUCCCAAAGCAUCAGCGUCCUCACAACCGCCUACCCCACCAUGCCCUCGCCAAAAGCCCUCCUCACCCCGACUGAGACCUCGCUGAGCGUGAUCACGCCGCCGGCCGUGACGCGCGAGCUGCUGAAAGAGGCUAAAGAGGCGGGAGUGCCGGCGGUGUGGUUGCAGCCCGGGAGCUUUGACGACGAGGGCUUGGCUUAUGCCCAGCGCGAGUUCAAGGCGGCGAUUGCGGGGGAUUUGGGCGGCGGUGGGAGGGGCGGCGAGGGCUGGUGUGUACUUGUGGAUGGAGAGAGGGGGCUGAAGACGGCGGGGCGGGAGUGGGAGGCGGCGAGGUUGUAGGUAGUGGACUGUUGGGGGCGUUGUAAUGCCGCUAAAAUCGUCCAACAGCGCUUCAGCUGUGUGGAGUCAAGGCGCGGUCCAGGUCGAGAACGAAAACGAUUGAGAGCGUCAGGAACAUAGGCGAAAGAUAACAUGAUAACAAAAUGAAUGAACGAGGACAUCAAAACUGCGUCUAUAAGCAUGAUUGAUGCUAGAAGCUUCAGUGGCUCUUACAACCACGACAAACAAC